AUGGCUGACAUGGCUCCGCGAAACGAAAAGAGCCAAUUGAAGCGUCCGCGCGGCUCGCUACCAGAGGACGAAACCGAGACCAAGAAGCCUCGCCGAGCCGAACAUCUGUCCCCCGGCGCGCCGGACAAGACUCCCGUCGCCAAUAAGCAGCAUCUCCCUUCCCCCGUCACACACGUCACCGAAGACUCUGGCGACCUCGUCAAGGAGGCCACCGUCACUCCUCCGGGGCAGCACCAGCAGGAAAUCACCUCAAAGAAGACCGAAGACGCCUUUUCCCAGGCCCAGGCGCUGUCCUCGCCGCCCCAGGACACCCAGCCGCUCAGCCAGUUUGUCGACCGCCACCCUGCCAUCUCUGACGACAUUGAGGAUGAGGUUCGCGAAGGCGUCUGGGGAUACCUGGUUCCUCUCGAUCCCAAAUAUGGCGACAAGCCCAUUGUCUUGAAGAAGCGAAGUGCGUGCCCCUUGCCAGAGACAGUUGCCGAUGGUGUCAAGAAAGAGGAUGUGCCCAAGACCAACGGUAAAGCAGUCGCGUUGAAGGAAGAAGAAGCCUACGAGAAGAAGAAGGCCAAGGGCGUUCCUUCCGGUGGCUAUUUGAUAGGCCGCCAUCCCGAGUGUGACAUUGUCGUCAAUGACGGAAUUGUUUCGAACCGACACUGCCUGAUCUUCGCCGAGAACAAAGGCAACGACACCGUUGCGAUCGUCGAAGACCUCUCGAGCAAUGGAACCUACGUCAAUGAAGCCAUUGUCGGCCGAAAUCAGCGUCGCGAGCUGGAGGAGCAAGAUGAGAUUGCCGUCCACGGCAAGGCGCGCUUCGUCUUCCGCUACCCCCAGGCCCGCCAGACAAGCGACUUCUUGCAGCAGUACACGCUUCUGGAGAAGCUUGGCAAGGGGCACUUUGCCGAAGUCUAUCUCUGUGUUGAAAAGUCGACCGGUCAGCGAUACGCUGUCAAGAUCUUCACCAAGCACCCUGGCAUGGAGGAUCGCUCAAAGACCGAGGGUCUGCAGCAGGAAAUUGGCGUGCUGAUGGGCGUCAGCCAUCCCAACGUCCUCUGCCUCAAGGACACGUUCAACGAGCGCGACCGUGUCUACCUGGUGCUUGAGCUUGCGCCAGAGGGAGAGCUUUUCAACUACAUCGUUAUGAAGCAGAAACUCAGCGAAGACGAAUCAAGGAAACUAUUCUUGCAGCUGUUCCAGGGCAUUAAGUAUUUGCACGAGCGCAACAUUGUGCAUCGGGAUAUCAAGCCCGAAAACAUUCUACUAGUUGACAAGAACCUCCAUGUCAAGCUCGCCGACUUUGGAUUGGCCAAGAUUAUUGGAGAAGAGUCAUUUACUACUACACUCUGCGGAACUCCUAGUUACGUUGCUCCCGAGAUUCUGGCCGACUCGAAACAGCGCAAGUACACAAAGGCCGUCGACAUUUGGUCUCUGGGAGUCGUGCUCUAUAUCUGUCUGUGUGGUUUCCCGCCUUUCUCAGACGAGCUCUACUCGCGCGAUUUCCCCUUUACUCUAUCCCAGCAGAUCAAGAGUGGACGAUUCGACUAUCCUUCGCCCUACUGGGAUUCUGUUGGCGACCCAGCCCUUGAUCUAAUUGACUCAAUGCUGAUUGUCGACCCCGAGAAGAGGUUUACAAUUGAUCAAUGUCUCUCACACCCCUGGCUCACCCAGAACGCCCCCAGUGUCAACGACAGCACCGGCGGCCUAGUGGGCGGGCUUGCAGGCCUCGAGGUCAACCGAAGAGUGCCGGCUAGAGAGCGAACCCUCCUAUCAUCGAUCAACUCGGUGCAGGUUACGGCCCAGCUCGAGGUGGGCAAGAACAAGAACCCUGUCAAGGUGUUUUCCAAGAACAAGGGCCGUGUUACCAACGUUCACAAGGAGGCGGGUCCCGCUUCUCAACGAGCACCCCAAGAGUUCAUGGAGCUGGGAGGUAAGGGCGAUCAAGAACUCUUCGGAGAUGAAGAUUCGAGCAUUUACCCAAUAGGUGAUAAUGCCAGCAAGGUCAAGGCGGGAAAGGCCGAGCGAUAA